AUGAUGAAACGAGCGCUCACAGGAUUGCCAUCAUCAUCAGCUUCAUCGGCACUCGCUCUAAACAGCCGAAAAAGUAUUCAAAUUCAAAUUCCAACAUGCUUCACUCAACUAAGACACGAAAGUAAAUGGGUGAAAAUUAGUAGUUUAUCAAAGGCAGAACUUCAAGAACUAGCCAAAAAAUAUGGUCCCGAAACACCCAAGGGUGCUAAAGGAUGGGGUCUAGAAGGUCACGAACUUCCUCUCAAUAUUCUGAAGGAAGCAAAAAACCCAGUAGUUAAAUCACCAGAUAAAUAUCCUCAAUGGUUGUUUGACGUGAGUUACAAUCCGGACCCAACACUCGAGCAACUCAAAGAAAAAAUUGCAAAAGGAGAGAAAUUAACUGUUGCUGAAACGAAAAGAUUCAACAAAUUGACAAGAAGAGCAAAAAUCAAGGAAAAUAAUUUCAAUCGUGUUAUGGGUAUUGUUCUUGCCUAA